UUGAUUCAACUCGUUCGUGCUCGAAGCUCCUCGGCUCUAAUUUGAAAUAUUCGCCGGGCCUUGCGUCAUUUGCAGUUGACAAGCUAUGCGUGACAUAUAAAGCAACGUCAUUUUCUCCGUUAUGUGCGCUGUUACUAUUUGCAUUUGAGUAGAACGGCGGUGACGGCUUCCAUCAAUGUGGUCCGUGGCUACCACAUUGCAACACAUGAAUUUUCUAAAUCCCGCUUAGUUUAGCCAUCAAAAAUGCCGGCGACGGGUCGACGACGGGACAACACAGGAGUUCUGCUGCUGCUUCACUUCAUACUGUCUCAAGUCGGGCUGGAGAACGUGCCGCCGGUUACACUCCUGACAGUAAUAUUGCAAGCAUGUGUUUUUAUGCGUGUUGUUGACCUUCCGUGGGCUACGUCGUCCAGUGCUUGUAUCAGCUUCGACACAGUGUGGCGCAAACAAGAGUGGUGGCGUAUCUUCUAUGGGGCUGUCGAGCAUGGCGAUAGCUUCCAUCUGUACUAUAACAUGGUCUCAUUCACGUGGAAGGGAAUACUGCUCGAGCCCGAACUUGGGAGUCUUGGCUUUCUCUACCUGCUCGGCCUUUUAACAAGCUUAACAGGAGUGACACUUGUAGUAUUGUGCUAUCUGCUUGGAACAUAUGUGGACGCUGGAUUUUAUUACCAAUGCGCAGUUGGAUUCUCAGGUGUCAUAUUUGCAUUGAAAGUAAUUAAUAACCACUAUCUAAGGGGACGGAACCCACGAAUUUUUAAUAUCAAUUUGAACAUCCCCUCAGGUUAUGUUGUGUGGGUGGAACUUAUAUUGAUACAGCUUAUCACUCCAAAUGCGUCAUUUGUCGGCCAUCUCGCAGGCAUCCUAGUUGGGCUUGCUUACGCUCACAAUAUUAUUAGUCCUUUGACCGACUUCAUAUGGCAAGCUUCAGGACGUGACCGCACAUACAUACGACAAGGAACACUAUACACGCACCGUUACACAGCAGCACAACAAGAUUUAUUUAGCAGAAUUACCUCAUGCCCCGUGACCGUGGUCCUUUCAGGGCUCUUAAUAGGCCUGUAUAUGCGGUCAUUUCCACAUGCAUGGGCUCGUUACUUGCACAGAACUUGCAUAAAUGCGCACCUUGUAAUGCAGCAGAAGAAAUUUGAUGUGUUGGUGCUCUCGUCACUACACUGCUACAGUGUAACGCAUCUGGUGUAUAUUGUGAUAUCCUUGCUUGGUGUAGGUUAUUAUAUAGAAAGAAGAAUGGGAUGGCUUAAAUUUGCCUUUUUGACUCUGCUGAUGACCGUGGUGACCAAUACCAUGUACUGUUUUGUGAUGGACUCUAUACUUCCGCAUGCUGAGGAACUUGCAGGAUUGCAAUCAUUUGAAAUGCCCCAUAAAUGCUUCGUUGGACUGACAGGCACACUCAUUGCUCUGAAGGUAGUCUACAGCUAUUAUCACCGAUACGCAGAUUACAUCUUCCUAUGCUUUCUGCUUCCUAUACCAAAGCCUCUCGGUGUUGCACUCGAAAUUGCGAUACUGCACAUCGUGCUUCCCAACGCAUGGGUCGUAGGAAAUUUGUGUGGAUGUGUCACUGGCAUGGCGUAUGUUUUCAUGAAGUGGCUCGAUUAGCUGAUAGGUUACUACCGCGAAUGCUCAUUUAUACAAAACGCAUGCUUUUAAGUCAUGUGACAUAUGUACCAGUGCAUCAUGACCUUCUGAUAUCGAGCUCUACAAAAAUUUGUAUGAGAUGAAACAUACCCAUAAAAUUCCGUUGGCCUAGAUUCCUGCACAGUUUGAUAAAAUUUAUUCAAAAUAUUUUAGUUCCGACGCAACUAGCUGAGAACUUUGUAUACUUACAUGUUAUUUUUCCAGAAUUGUAAGGUGUGCUCCCUUGUUAUUGGAACAUUGCACGGGGGUAAAAAGGCAUCCUUGUGAAUGCAGAGAGUACCUCACUUCUGUGUUGGUAUAGAAGUUGGAAGAUGCAAAGUCGCCACUUGUGUUGUGUAUUUGUUGUGCUAGGCUUCUUACAUUCCUGUCACUGUCAUUUUACCAAUGGAGCAAAGAAGUGGCCUUAACGCAUGCUUUGUGGCAGGGAUGUUGUCUUGUGGAAUGUCUUUGAUACACUUGCACUGUGAAUGUAGCUGACUAGAAAUAGCUGUUCUGUUGCAAGCACAACUGAAGUUUUCGAGGGAUAUCUUAUGUCUUUUAAUUACGUAAUUGAUUUAUUUAUAUUAUUAUUAAUUCCCCCCCCUCUAUGCUCUCUAAUUUCUUUGACAACCAGGCACUGAUGUCUCCACUGGGUGAUGGGCGCCUAGUGGCUCGGCUGAAUACAUGCCAAGCAUAGUAUUUGUUUUGUCACUCAGCUACUAACACGGAUGUUUUGUGAGCAUGCGUCAAAAGUAAUGAAACAUAAUUCCCAAAGUUCCAACACGUUGCACCAUAGCAUGUCGUUUGACAUAACAGCACUUAGCAUACAAUACAAGUAAGCAUGUUUCUGCAUUCAUGCUGGGUGCAUUGUGGAAUUAUUUGCUCUGGCACUGUUUCAUUUCUGUUUACCCAUAUAAUCAAUGUGUAAUCUGUGAAAUGUGUACCACUUUGCUGUGCUACUCACAGAGUAAAGAAAUAUUUCAGGAGAUGCAACUGUGAUUUGUGCAGGUGGUGUGCCAAACGUUGCAUUCAAAAUUGCAUACUUGUCAUGUUGCAUUCAAAAUUGCAUACCUGUCAUGUUGCUAAGAUUGCAGGCACAAAAUGGUGCGUAAUACAUGCAGGCUGAAAAUGGAGAAUCUGAGAUGAAGAUUUAGUGAAAAACAUACAUUUUGAAGUUCAAGCUUUUGUGGAGAGUUUGCUGAACUUCUGUGCAAAAAAAAAAUAUAUAUAUAUCUCUGCGAUUGCCUGGGGCUUAACUAAGUUAUAUGAAACUUGCUUUUCUUCUUAUUGUACAUUGCAAGAUCUAAAAUGCGAACUUGCUCAACAUUUUUCAGUACUGUACAGUUCUGAAAACUGAGGUCAGUCACUUGGUUAUGACUACCAAAUAGUGCCUUUGUCAGUCACGAGCUGUCAACACAUUGUGUAUGUUUCUGUGAUGACAAUAUGGUGUGUAGCACGAAGACAAUAGCUCCACACAGAAACUAUGCAUGUAGCAUUAAAAAGCUUAAACUUAAAUAGGACAUUCUACGGCUACUAAACACCGGCCUGGUAGCACACCGACUAAGCAUGGUUACCAAUGCAAGAGUGUGCACAAAAAAAAAAAAGAAGCAAUGCAUUUGCAGUUUCUAUUCAAAUAAGAAGCUGGGUCUAGGAGGCAACAAUAAGUAGUUUGACGUAUACCAGUGGCAUGGCCGAGUGGGCUAAGGCGUCCGCUCCGUGGUGGUAACCAAGGUCAUGCUGAAGACUGGGAGUUGGUGCGGUCGAAUCCUACCGCCGGCUGUGCUGUCUGAGGUUUUCCCUGGGUUUUCCGAAGACUUUCCAGACAAAUGUCGGCACAUUUCCCCUGAAGUCUGCCGAGGACGCAUACUAAUCCCACUGUCCCCUUCUCCUUCCUGCUGUCCUCUCUCAGUCUGUCCACAUCUGUACGCCGAUCAUAGCCACAGUUGCUUCGCAGCACUAACACGCAAUUAAAAAAAAAAAAAGUUUGACGUAUAAACGGUUUCACACCUGUGCCUUUGUCAUACUUUAGCGUUUCAGAGUUGAUAAUCUGAUUCCACCAUUGAGAGCCCAAAUAAACUUUUUAAAGACAGGCCAACCUGCACAUAUGUGUUGUGUGUUGUUGCAAACUGGUCACACAUGACAAAGUGAAAAACCUAAGACAUGAAAAACGAUGACAGCAUGCUUCCUUCAUGCACAUGUCUAGGCUUUUUCCUCGUUAAUUCUUUUGUAUGUACUUCAGCAUGAUUUUAACUUUGUUGAGCAUUUGCAUUAUGAAGGUUACAUAUAAUAAUCUUGGACAGGUGUCGAUGCGGGAUCUUUCUGAGGGCCUCGUCUGGGCUUGUACCGCGGCUACUUACUACGGUUACUUGAAGCACUAUGUGAUGAGAAGUGGGGGGGUCAGGACAUCCAGACCCCUCCCCCCCCCUUGAUCCUGAUCUUGAAUAUGAUACGCAGGUCAUAUGUAUAAUACCUUCAUAUAUAUCCACUUGUCAUGUGUUUUGCGUGCUAUUUCAUGUUAGCUAUCUUUAAAGUAUGAAUUUUUGCGUAUGUCCAUAUGAACAGUGCCAUAAAUUGAAAAUAACAAUCCCGUUCAGAGGCGUACUUCAAUUUCGUGCAUUAGUAGUUUAACGUUUUAUAUCGGUUGUGCAUCCAUGUUUGGCAGUGUUUGCAGACGUGCACACAGAGGUGGGGACAAAAAAUGUUUGGGCUGACACGAAGUUACUACAAAAUUUCAUUUCUCUUGUGUACAAAUUAAGUCAACGUGUCGGCCAAUUUGUUCUAAUACGUUAGCUUAAUAUUGUUGCCUGUAAAAGAGUCUUAUGUUAUAUGACUAUCAUUAUUAGUUCAAUGUUUGAGUGUGUGUUACAAAAAAUGCGCAUUACUGAGGUGGGUGCUAAGCGCAGCCAUAGCUUUGGUCACAACUACAGUUUCCAUGUGUAUUGCAGGUGGGCGUGCUUUGCCACAUGUAUUCGACCGGAUUGUAUCUGAUAAUUCUGAUAUUUUGUGAAUACUAAGGACAAGUUUCACCGUAAGCCAGCUUUGCAUGUAUUGGAGCUACUUUUUUGAGUGAUUGUUUCAUUACAUCUACUCCUGGUAAUUAUGACAUUUUACGGUUAUCAACAAUACAUUUGCACCAACACUUGUUACAAAUGUGCAUAUUUUAAAAUUAAAUUUGCACCUGUGUUGA